AUGGACUGUGAGAACGGGACAGAUAUUGAAGAGUUUGUUCUUCUGGACUUUUCCUCUAAGCCUGGACACCAACCUCUCUUCUUCCUCCUCUUACUUCUCAUGUACAGUGUCGGACUUCUGGGCAAUGUCAUGAUGGUUCUUCUCAUCACCUUGGAUGCGCGACUCCAGACCCCCAUGUAUUUCCUGCUCCGUAGCCUCUCAGUCAUUGACGUUGGCUUCAUCUCAGUCGCAGCACCCCAGAUGCUGGUUUGUAUGAUAACUGGUUCCAGGACCGUCCCCUUCUACUCCUGCAUAGCCCAAUUGUUCUUCCUCUAUGUUUUUGGUGUCAAUGAUCUCCUUCUAGUGAGUGUCAUGGCCCUGGAUCGCUAUGUAGCCAUUUGUAAUCCUCUCCACUAUGCUUCAGUGAUGAACCAAAAGGUCUGUGGGCAAUUAGUGGCUGGCUGUUGCAUUGUUUCUACCUUAAACUCCAUGCUGCAUGCCAGCUUGCUCCUGCGUCUCACUUAUCGAGGGAAAAAUUACCUGGCCCAUUACUUUUGUGAUCAUCAGCCCUUGCUGCAGCUGUCCUGCUCAGACAUCAGUGUCAAUGAAGCAGUCAUCUUCUUUGAGGGCAGCAUCAUCAUCUUUGGACCUUUAGUUUUCAUCAUUCUCACCUACAUUCGCAUAGUGGCAGCUAUCAUGAAAUUCACUUCUUCAGGGAGGCGCAAAGCUUUCUCUACCUGUGGCUCUCACCUCACUGUAGUGGUUAUUUUUUAUGCAGCCAUCACUGCUGUCUAUUUCUCGCCCACUUCAAGGUAUUCCUCGCAGCGAGGGUCAAUUUUGUCUCUAGUCUACACAGUCAUCACCCCAAUGUCCAACCCCUAUAUUUACAGUCUCAGGAAUAAAGAAGUGAAAGGAGCUCUGAGAAAUCUCUUGGGAAAGAGAUCCUUGUUAACUCAAAACUGA